CAACACAGCCCACCAGCACGGACGCAGUCCAUCAUCGUCACUGCCCUUCCGGGACGCUUACCCGCUACAGAGCGCGCCGGCCACGAAGCUCACGGUUCUGGAGAGGCCUUUGAAGCACAUGAAUGGGCCAAGGACGGGCGUGCCCACGCCGUACAGUCCGUACAUGCCGUUCACGCCCGUGACGCCAUUGACGCCGAGCUCGAUGAUUACGAAGAGGCAGAGACGGCGCGCGGAGAAGGAGAGUGGGUUGAAGGUGUUAAAUGA